CUCCCUCUUUCCAGGUUCCGUCAUCACCUUCUACCGCUGAUCAGUGGAGCCAGUCUAUCCUAUAAGCGCGCUCACAGCCAACCUGCAAACAUUCGCUGACACCUUCACAUUUCAGAGCAGUAGGCAAUGGCCACGAGGACCGACGCAUCGAUAUAGCCUGUUUGUCCUGGGAAGUUCUUUCUUCUUAGGCUACAUUUCGUUUUCAGGGAAAACGGUGCGUUGGAAUCAAUAUACGGCCUUCUGGAACGAAUCAGCUCUAUCAACUGUAUGGGCUAUAGAUUACCUUGACAAGCAGUCUCGGUGAUUGACAGCAGGACCAAUACACGAGGGUUGUCGAUGCGCUUAUUAGAAAAACUUUUAACCGAAGGUUCUUAGUAUUAUCCGCCAUGGUUAUUUCGCCAUUUAGACUAUUGCAUUAAUUAUUCUUGAAAAAGACACAUCUUCACCUUGCUGCGGGUUUCCUUUUUAUUGCCACUGCGGAUUACAAUAUUCAAUCGGAGGUAAAAGGCAUCAACUUCAUACGCCACCUUCUCUGCGGACUGAGACAGUAGCUGUUUCUUACCACUCUGUAUCUCCAAGACAAGCGCAUGUCGAUGGCACAAAGGUACGAUGAGCUGGCCCAUUAUGGUGGUGGGAUGGACGGGGUUGGACUCCCGGCGUCUAUGUAUGGAGACCCGCAUGCUCCCCGGCCGCUUCCGCAAGUCCACCACCUGAACCACGGUCCGCCUCCUCAUCCAACCCAGCACUAUGGAGCCCACGCACCCCACAACAUCAUGCCCAGCAGCAUGGGCAGCGCUGUGAACGACGGACUAAAAAGAGACAAAGAUCAAAUCUAUGGUCACCCGUUAUUCCCUCUGCUAGCACUGGUGUUUGAAAAGUGUGAGUUGGCGACCUGCACACCGAGGGAGCCUGGAGUAGCGGGCGGCGAUGUCUGCUCGUCAGACUCCUUCAACGAAGACAUCGCUGUCUUUGCAAAACAGAUACGUGCAGAGAAACCGUUAUUUUCAUCGAAUCCAGAGUUGGACAACUUGAUGAUCCAAGCUAUACAAGUAUUACGAUUUCAUCUUUUGGAAUUAGAGAAGGUGCACGAGCUCUGCGACAACUUCUGCCAUCGGUACAUCAGUUGUUUGAAAGGCAAAAUGCCCAUAGACUUGGUCAUAGACGACCGAGAUGGCUGCAAAUCUGACUUCGAUGACCUGACAGGAUCCUCCACAAAUCUAGCAGAUCACAACCCGGCGUCCUGGAGAGACCUGGAAGACGCCCACUCCACGCCUUCUGUGGGCACCCCGGGGCCCUCCAGCGGGGGCCACGUCUCCCAGAGUGGGGACAACAGCAGUGAACUCGGAGACGGCCUCGACAACAGCCUUGCAUCACCGGGCACAGGGGACGAGGACGACCAGGACAAGAAGCGGCAGAAGAAGAGAGGCAUCUUCCCCAAAGUGGCCACCAAUAUCAUGCGAGCGUGGCUCUUCCAGCACCUUACGCACCCCUAUCCUUCAGAGGAACAGAAGAAGCAACUAGCACAGGACACAGGCCUCACCAUCCUGCAAGUGAACAACUGGUUCAUCAACGCCAGGAGGAGAAUAGUACAGCCUAUGAUUGACCAGUCUAACAGAACAGUGGGCCAGGGGACAGCAUACAGCCCUGACGGUCAACCAAUGGGAGGCUUUGUACUCGACGGCCAGCAGCACAUGGGAAUUCGACCUGGCGGACCAAUGGGUGGCAUGGGAAUGAAUAUGGGCAUGGAUGGACAGUGGCACUACAUGUAAACCCUCUCCAACCAAGGCAAGCCUGAAGAAGACGGUGAAGCCUCUGUGGUUUGCUCAGGGAAAAUUCCAUCCUGCCGCGUGGUCCAAUGAAAGCGUGACUCCGCCCAAGUCACACCUGUACCCAUCAUCUGACCACGCCCACCUCACAAUCGCACGGGAGUAUAGAGGACCACACCUACCCUGGGACAACCCACACCUGUACAGACCCUGCCCACGUUGACCUUUACUAACUAACCCCAUGGCUGGAGGAAGACUAGGAUCUAGGAAUAAACAACAUUUACAGACAACAACAAAAAUACUUCUGAAUGAACAACAGAAGCUAAAAUGACCUCAACAACCUUUUGACAAAUUAGUGUUCUUUUUUAAAUUAUUUAUUUAUUUUUCUACAAUGGUGGACCAUUGAGACAAGAACUUUCAAGUAUUUGCUCAAGAUCUAUUGUCACAAUUGUACAUACACACAGCCCGCACACACACACACACACACACACACACACACACACACACACAUACGCUCACUUACACAUGUUGUCACACACACACACACACACACAUAUUCUCACACACACACACUACAUCCUAUGAGCACACCAUUUGAAAACAACCACUGUGGAAUAUCUAAAAAGAUGAUGGAGACUAAGACUUUUAAUAGCUGUUGUGGUGUAUAGACUUGUGCUUUUUCAUUUGACUGUUCUGUCCAUGUUUGUGCUUUUGUGAUCACUAGUUUAUAGCGUGAGAGUUUAUCACUGAUCCCACCUUUAUGUGCUGUGGAAGAGAGUGAUUGACUCAGAGUUUGCAGCUCCAUCCAGCUCCCAGCAAAAUACCAAGCCCGCUUUUUAUAAGACUGAAAGAGCUGAUGAACUGACUCCAUACUGGUAAGGUGGAUCCUGGACUGACUUCCAUUUAGAUCGCAUUCAAAUAGUUUUAUAGCACACAGGAAGAAGGGAAGGGUUUCUACACUAAAAACCAAAAUAAAAACUCAUUUUAAAACUUGACCUCAAAUCUUUUGGAGGAAUCUUUUUUUCAGCACAUAUUCCCUUUCAUCUGGGAAAUAAAUAACAUUUUGGGGAGAAAAAGAAGAAGUAUGCCUUGAGUUAAUCAUAUGUUGUACAACAUAUGAUAUGAUAUUGUGACCCAAUUCAUUUGGAUAACAUUAAGAGCUGAAUGCAUUCUUUUUUUUGUUGGUGUUUGGUGGUUAUUUGCACAUUAGCUACCUCCUGCUUUGUAUCUAUGGUAAACAUUUAUGAAAUACCGCAUAUCUUUGUAAAUUAAAAUGAUUUUCGUAAUAACACACCAUUCGUAUUCACACA